AUGCCCAAGAAAAGACAUCAGACCAAGUACUCAAAGCCGCCGUCGAUAGCUCCGCCGACUCUUCGAAUAUCGUCUUCGUCCCAGAGGACGCCUGAACACCAUGACCGUUCAGUCAACGAGAUCCUCGCUGACAUGCGAAGGAGCACUCUGAGCACCAGCUCACCGCAAGAUAUCUUACCGCAACCCAGUGUCCCUCCCCAGCUGCGGUGGCUCCUGCAACAUCCCGAAACCCCGGCGCCUAGGCCCCGCCGGCUCCAGCGACGAGACAUCAACGGCCGGCGAAUCCCACCGGGGCCACCUCCUCCGCGCUCCUGGCUGGCCUUGUCGCAGUCACGACAUGCCCCGGCUCAAGUUCACAAGGCGGCAACGAACAUACAGUAUUGGCCGUUGCCGGGAGCAUACGUGCCGGGUGAUGGCAGCUUCAUAGACAUGGCCUUGCACCGUCUAGUCGACGACUGGGCGGUGCAGAAAGACUGGAACCGGUUUUACCUUUAUACCAUGCCGAACCGACUCAGAACCGCGCUCAUAUUCUACGUGUCUAAGUACCAUGAUCAGGGUAUCUCAUCAUCAGACUUACGCCUGAUCCUUGCCGGUCCUCCGGAGACCGAGUUGGCUGAAUACGACCUUGAGAAGCCUGAACCGGCCAGGUUCAACAAGAAUAUUACGCACCUAGACUUGGCAGGCUCAAUCGGCAAAGGUUUGUCCUUGAAGUCCUUGAUGGACCUACUGCUACCAGUUGAUGCUACCCCAGAGACUGAAAUUCAGGAUUCUUGGGAUGCGCCCGAGAUCCCGGAAGCGCCGGCUUGUCUCCUGCCAAAUUUGACACAGUUAUCGCUUGCAGUUACCGGGCCGGGGCAGGCUGCUUCCUGGAGGCAGCUAUUGGUAUUCUCUACCAAGCUACCACAGUUGACUCAUCUCAACUUGUCGGGGUGGCCCACUCCGUCAACGACACCAAACGCAACUCUUGCCAAGAUGGUUUCCCCUGUGACUGGAACAUCUGUCCACUAUGGCGGUACCAAUGCGUACAGUCAUUCUUUGGACGACGACUGGUCCGAGGCCAUAUCGGUGUUGAAACGACUCAGCAAAGCCCUUUAUGGCCUUGAGUACUUGGAUCUGACAGGCUGUGGCGACUGGUUCCCAGCUUUACGGAAAGAGGCAGAUGCUCAUUUGGUCAUCGAUUUGGUCGAUUGGGCAAGAGAUUGGAGCAAGAUCACCAGUCUGAGACUCUGUUCUGGCUACGUUGCCGAGCCGGGUUCGGAUUCUCAGGAAGAUAGACUGCGUGAAUGGAAGCGAGAGGCUUUAGCCGUAGAGAAGCAUAUCAUAGCUCAAAGAGCUGGCCAAGGACGCUUCAUCACCGUUGAGACGGACGUCAAUGUCAGCGUAGAUGGAUAA